UUAGGGUUUUAGUAAGGUUAGCGUGUAGAUGGAUGGGAGCGGCAAUUCUCUGGCCGGCAGCGUCGGGGGCGAUGGAUCCAAGCGGCGCGUCUCCUACUUUUACGAUCCAGAGGUGGGCAAUUACUACUACGGGCAGGGCCACCCGAUGAAGCCUCACCGGAUGCGAAUGACGCACAGCCUUUUGGUGCACUACGGCCUCCACCUCAAGAUGGAGGUCGUGGAGCCAUUCCGCGCGCGCGACAAGGAUCUCUGCAAGUUCCACGCCGACGAUUACGUCGAUUUCCUCAAGCAAGUCACGCCCGAGACGCAGCAGGAGUUCGCCAAAGUCUUGAAGCGAUUCAACGUCGGCGAGGACUGCCCGGUGUUCGAUGGGUUGUAUAGCUUCUGCCAGAUGUAUACCGGGGGGUCGGUCGGAGGGGCCGUGCGCCUGAACACGAAUCGAUCCGACAUCGCCAUCAACUGGUCCGGCGGACUGCAUCACGCGAAAAAGUGUGAGGCGUCCGGGUUUUGCUACGUGAAUGACAUUGUUCUUGCGAUCCUGGAGCUCCUCAAGCAACACCAGCGCGUGCUCUACAUCGACAUCGAUGUUCACCACGGCGACGGUGUCGAGGAGGCCUUCUACACCACCGACAGAGUCAUGACGGUAUCUUUCCACAAGUUUGGCGACUUCUUCCCGGGGACUGGCGAUCUCCGGGAUGUCGGCCACGGGAAAGGGAAGUAUUACUCCGUCAACGUACCGCUUAACGAGGGGAUCGACGACGAGAGCUACCAGCGGCUGUUCAAGCCGGUGAUAAGCAAAGUCAUGGAGGUUUACCAGCCGGGGGCGAUUGUCUUGCAGUGUGGUGCCGACUCUCUCUCGGGAGAUCGUCUCGGCUGCUUCAACCUCUCGGUAAAGGGUCACGCCGAGUGCGUGAGAUUCGUGCGUUCUUUUAAUGUACCUCUGCUCUUGGUUGGAGGGGGAGGAUACACGGUAAGAAACGUUGCAAGGUGUUGGUGCUACGAGACGGGUGUUGCUGUUGGAGUCGAGCUCGAGAACCAGAUGCCUUACAACGAUUACUACGAGUACUUUGGUCCGGAGUAUACGUUGCUCGUGCCGGCCAGCAACAAGGAGAAUGCUAAUUCUCCGGAGUAUUUGGACAGUCUCAGGCAACAACUGCUUGAGAACAUUUCAAAGCUCCAACAUGCUCCUAGUGUUCCGUUCUACGAAAGGCCACCGGAUAUGGAGCCUGGCGAGGAAAUGGAGGAGGAUGACGCUGAUGCACGGCCAACAAGGCCUAAGCCAGGAGUGUGGAACGGGGAACCAGUUGAUUCAGACUCCGAAGGCGAGGGAGACGUACACAGGCAGAGGCAGAGGCUCCCGAAACAAGAACUCGAUUUCAUCAGCAGGAAGCUGCCACCAUCUGAAGAACCGGCUGUCAAGAGACCAAAGUUUGAUGAAAGGACUGAAGAGCAGAGAGAUGAUGAUAUCGCAACUUCACUCUCUUUAGGCCCAGCAAUGGCAGCAGAGAUUAAGAUUAGCUCGUGAGCAUGUAAAUAUAACAACUGGUCCAGAAGUUUUGAGCAACAGAGUUUUUUGGUUCUUGUU